UUUAAUCGUCCAUGACUUCUAAAUUAUAUUGUCUGCACUGAUUAGUCCAAAAGAGUAAACACCAUUGUUUGUGUAUUGUGAUGGUAAUGUUGGUGAAAUGUGAAAUUGCAAUCUGUUGAUGUCGAUGAUUAAUGGUGUUAAAAAAGGGUUUCGUGAAGUUGUGAAGAGUGACAUCAAAAGGUUGAAGACUAUAAACUUUCAAAACAAACUAAAGUACAGUAUUGAUAAUUUGUAUCUUUUGUUUGUUGUGAUGAUAUAGUGGCACAAAUAUUGUAUGAUUUGAUUAUGUGCAGUAGCCUAACUAACCAAAUUUGGUUGGGGAGUUCUAUUACAAAAUAAGUUACGAUUCCUUUGUGGUUUGAAAACUUUAAAAAUGAGUGAUCUUCCUCAAACAAAUAAUUUACUUGAAGACAAUCUCAAUCAAUUCCCAAUUAAUAAUUUGCUUGAAGGACAUAAUGUUGCUCCUAAUAAUGUAGAUGAAGUGGGUCAAAAUCGUGUUCCAAAUAAUGUAGGUCACGAAGAUGAAGACCUUUAUCUGUGGAGAGGCAGGAGGGAUCUUUCUGAAGAACGUGAAUCACUGAUGCCAGUGAUACCUCCUUCUCAACAUGAAGAUCACCUCUCUCCAGAUCCCGAGUCUGUGAGAUCAACAACGUAUGAAAAUAGGAUGAAACGGAAACUAAGAUUCUUCUUUAUGAACCCCAUUGAAAAAUGGCAGGCCAAGCAACGUUUUCCGUACAAAUUCCUUGUUCAAGUGUUCAAGAUCAUCUUUGUUACUAUCCAGCUUUAUCUUUUUGCUGAUAACCGUUACUAUCAUGUUAACUAUUCUUGGGAUAAUCGUAUAUCUUUCUCCCAUUUAUUCCUGCGUGGAUGGUCAGAAGAGAGGGAAGUCAAUGCAUAUCCUCCCAACUUAGGACCUCUUGCCAUAUACAAAAAAGAUGAUUUCUUCGACACUAUUGAUUAUGCUGUAAUUGGUUAUGCCAGUUUGUCAGAUGCUGUUGGUCCUUACUCUUACACAAACGAAGACAAUUCCAUGGCUCCACCCCAACUCUGCUUGUACAACUACAAAGAGGGAAUCAUUUUCGGUUUCAAUGAAAGCUAUGUUUUCAAUAAUGAUAUAAUAGAAGAUUGUAAAGACUUAAAGAUCCCUUCAUCUGAAGCCAAAAGCUUCUCCAGUAGGAAAUUUUUCAAGAACCAGAACAUCACCAUUACAUUUUCAGCCCUGGUGAAAGUUACUUUGAAGUUUUCUAUUAAAACUGUAAAUUUUAAAGCAGCAGGUCCUAUAACGCCCCCAGACUGCUAUAAGUUCAACAUACAGAUAUUGUUUGAUAAUGAUGACAUGGAUGGACAAAUGAUUCUAUCCCUGGAUGCUGAACCUAUACGUCUGAUUUGCAAUGGAGAUGUGGAAUAUAUUAAUGACAACCGCUUGGCUUAUAUCUUACGCAGCAUCCUGAACAUAGUAGUAAUUCUGAUCUGUUGUACAUCAUGUAUACUCUGUUCACGAGCCAUAUGGAAAGCACAGUUGCUCAAAAGGGAAACAAUGGAUUUCUUCCGGAUUGUUUAUAACAGGGAGCUCAGUCUAGAAGGACGAUUUGAGUUCUGGAACUUUUGGUACAUCAUGAUAAUUGUCGAUGACAUUCUGCUCAUUUUGGGAUCUGCGAUCAAAGAAGAGAUUGAACGAAAGCAAUUUAUCGGAGAUCAGUGGAACACUUGCAGUUUGCUACUGGGAACUGGCACUCUGCUAGUAUGGUUCGGUGUUCUUCGCUAUCUUGGUUUCUUCAAGACUUACAAUGUGGUGAUAUUAACUCUGAAAUCAGCUUUUCCCAAAGUGGCUCGUUUCUUGUUAUGUGCACUGCUCAUCUACGCUGGCUUCACAUUCUGUGGCUGGCUUGUCUUGGGGCCUUAUCACAUGAAAUUUCGUUCUCUGGCUAGCACCUCAGAAUGCCUGUUUGCCUUGAUCAAUGGAGAUGACAUGUUUGCAACAUUUUCCAUGAUGGAAUUCAAGUCUCCUAUGCUUUGGUGGUUCAGCCGUAUCUACCUUUAUUCCUUCAUUAGCCUUUUUAUCUACGUAGUUCUCAGCCUUUUCAUCUCUGUGAUUAUGGAUUCUUAUGACACCAUCAAGUUGUACUAUGAGAAAGGAUUUCCCAAGACUGAUUUACAGUUGUUUGUGGCUGAAUGCCAGGAAGAACCCUCUAGUGGUGCAUUCCGUAACCUCGGUGAGGCACCAAACAGAUCUUCAAUACGCCAAGUUAUGGAUCGAUUGUGCUGCUGUCAAUUGAAUGUGUGGCCUCGUCUUGCUCACAAACACAAGAAGCUCAUGGAUGACUCCACAUCCACAGAAUAUAGUGGCUGUAUUUAACGAGCAUCUAUCAUCCCUACAAUCCCUACCAGGGUCUACUGCUCUUGAAAACCAGUGUGAUAUUUAUUUAAUUUGAUAAUAGAUUUUAUUAACAAUCAUUGUUAAUUUUUGUUAACCAUUGUUAAAUACUGUUUUAACAACAGUAAUCAUGUAUAUUAUUUACACAUUUAAAAGUUUAUAUUGUUAUUUUUAUUUUAUGUACUAGUCUUGUAUUAUAUACGUAUUAAAAUAAAUACAUUAAUAAGCCAAAGAUGCAUUUAUGUGCCAAAGGAAGGAAAAAAGUACACAGACCAUAUUAAUUUAUUUUAAAAAGAAUUGUAAAUAAUAUAAUAUAAAUUCUAACUAUCACUUAUCUUUGCGUUUCAAGAACUAAUUAAAUAACUACGAAACACUUGCUGAAAAGUUACCACCCGGUUGUACCUGGUAAGGUAAAGGAAUUCUUUAUUAAAUACAAUAAACUGGAUAGCACACAAUAUAUUUCUCUGCAACUCCAUACCAUGUUUAACGACAUGUGGUUAAAAUGGCAUAACAUAUUUCAUAUGGAUUCAUUGUUUUUUAGGCUAUACUUAAUUGUUAGCACUUACGCAACAAUUAACAUUAAUUUUUAGUACAUGUUAAUUUUUAAUAUCAUUUAGAAUACUUUAAUAAACACAAAUAUUACAUUUGCACACAAAAUUCUUUAAAACUAUUGCUGCUAAAGCCUAUUACUAAGAGGUAAGAUAUGUUUCUGGGAAGGGGGACAAAUGCAUGAGUUUUGUAUGAAAUUAUAGCAGAAUCACGAACACUUGCCAUAGUAAAAAUAGAAACACGACGUUUCGAGAACUGGUAUCGCUCUCUUCUUCUGAUGUCAAACCCUAAAACAUAAUACUAAGCAUAAAACAGUAAGCAUUCAAACACUUGCCGAUGUAUACACCAAAGUCAAAGUUUUGACUUCUUCGCAAAUUGAACAGCAAGUUCUUCAAGCAGAGAAGGAUCCACGGCCGGGCGAGCCGGGCAACCGCGGCGUGGCCCGGAUCUAACCAAACGCAGGUCCGAAGUCGGUCGGUUAAAUGCGCAAGGCCCUUAAGCUCAACCAGCCCACAAUCAAGCAAAGAGUAAAAGAGACAUAGUAAUAUGUCAUAUUGAAAUUUCUCACUCCGAAAUUAUUGCGUCAGUGUGAAAUAGUAGCCCACAAAAUAGGGCCGGGCGAGUAAGCGGAGACGUGCGGUUCGGUCCUGACGAAAAAACGCAGGUCUGUUAGAAGAAAAAACAGCCCCAUAAGGAAGCAAAGAGUGGUUCAAUAUGAAAUAAAACCAAAAUCCGAUUUUUAAUAUUAUUAUUAUUUUCUUUGUUGAGCCCUCCUGGGUCUAAUGCAGCUCAAAUUGAAUAUAUAAUGGAAUAUUUUUAUUCUGUAUUCAAGUCGAGGCCUCAGAGGUCUAAAGAAAGCUGCGUCAUAAGUGCGGGGCCCUUCCUAAACUCAAGUAAACGAUUGAAAAAUAGGUGGGGCUACGUGCUACUGAGCUAUAAAUAAAUAAAUCGGUCAUAAGUCGAAAACUGACAGUAGGAAACCAAGUAUAUUGCCUAUAGUUGCUAUUAUAGCUAUAUCGAUGUUUAUAAGUUGUAUUGAAUGGUAAGUGAAGUAGAUUUGUAACAGGAAGACUCUAAUACAGUAUAUUACUUAGCAACUGGUGUUUAAGAUGAUCGUAUCGUAGUUUUUAUUUUCUGUAAUUAUAUUCACGUACAUGUCUCGCACUUAUUUCAGUUUUCAAUUAACAUAUAAUAAUUUCAAUAAUGCUAGUUAAUAAUUUUAGCUCGAAAACACGUUCGUUUGUUUGGUUGUUCGAUAGACAUGUUUUAAAUAGAGUUACGCAUUGUCAUUCAUUCUCGGUUUGAUAUUCUUUACGUUAAUAAAUUCUACAUCCACACACACUCUUUGCUAAAUUCGGACGAACUGAUCAAAAUUCGAAAGUGAAUACCGGUGCGCAAUACAUUGUGUUUAACUUCGAAGAAAUAAUUAGUUGCCGUUAUGUCUUAUCGGUACUUUCUGUCGCAUUAGGAAAUGAAUUACAAAUAUGAUACAUGGCAGCUGUAGCUCUAGCUGUGGUACUGUAUGUAGACGAGGGAUGAGUGUGUCGGUGGCGAGAAACAACGGCGGCGGGCGGAAGGAAGGUGCAGUGACCUUCGCCAACCUUCCUCCCCAAACCCCUCUCUAAACACACACACACCCAUUGGCGAUUCACUCUCCGUGCACGUAUGCGACUGAGAGAUGUAGAGGCAUCGUUAGUUAGUUCACAUCGUACCAGACUUUUGUUUUCGCGUUUGAGCAGUGCUCUUCACUUGUGUAGUAGUGAUUGUAUCAGUCGGAGUAUGUUAUAUAAAUCUACAAUGACCUCUCGCGAUCAUUACGUUGGCAACAGAUAUGAAUCUGGUAAUGCAAAACGCAAGACAGUUGAACAACGCAAAGAUGAAAAAAGAAAGCUAUGUGGAUCGUUGGCUCAAUAUUUCACAACCUCAGUGAAUAAGGAACUUGAACUGUGCAGUAUUACUGGUAGUGAACAACCGUCAUCGUCAACGAGUCACUCAUCUAUCAAGAAUGAUUUCACACCACCCAACCUUACAUACUAAGAGAGUUUCAGCAGAUAUACACAUAACGUGUUCUGCUGACGAAGCGAGAAUACCAAGUAGUCACUAUGAUAUCGAGGACAGAAGCCGUGGUGUGUCGGUUCCUGAGGCAACUAUGUCAGAAACCUUUGUAACCACACAGUUGCCAAUGGAAGAAGACGCCGGUGUAGACUGACGUAGAAGACGGAAAUGAAGAGACUAGCUUGCCCUCCACUGUGAAUAACUUUACAGUCAGUUACCAUUGUUUAUGGCAUAAGGUAUUAAACCAUUCAGAGCUAACUAGCAUAGAUAAGAAAGGGUCUGUACAACCUGUAAUAGAUGUGUACCCUUAACUAACGGAAGACAUUUCAAUACCACCAACUACACAAAAUUUCUUAUAAAUGGAGAAAAGCAAGAUAAGCGUUGGUUAAUCUAUUCUGAAUCGAAAGACGCUGUGUUCGGGUUUGCUUACCGUUUAUUCUAUGAUAAUUCAAAAUCUAAUGUUAGUGCUCGAGGCUCUUUCACCGGUGUAAAUGACUGGAAACAUUUAUCAGUCACUAGAAAAAAGCAAAUUCUUCAUAGAGAGCAUGAUAUAAUGGCUAACUUUUCAAAAGGAGUUUUCUUUAGGAAAAACCAUUGAUUCUCAAACUCAGGCUCAAGCCGAUUUAGAACAAAAACGCUGGAAAGAUGUCCCGGUGGGAAAGGUUGCUGGCGUUUGUGAAGUCUUUCGCCAGGCACUAUUUAAUUUUUCUAGGCCAUGAAGACAGUUUGGUUUUUACAAAACUCUAGUGGAAACUUCCUGGGUAUCGUUAAACUGAUUGUACGGUUUGAUCCUACCCUUCGAGAACACUUGCAUAAUGCUAUGGAAAAAUCCAUGUCCAGAAAUCUGAACCUGAACAAAACUACAUAAUGACAAUACAUAUCAGAAAUAAAGUUGUUGAAAAAAUAAAGGAAAACAAAUAUUUUCUUACAAUUAUGGAUUGCACUCGAGAUGUUUCUAGAUUUGACCAAAUGUCCAUAAUUUUGAGGUCAACAAAUCAAGAGUCUGUUGAGAUCAAGGAGCACUUUGUUGAAUUUGUGGCGGUAGACAAAACUAAAGCAGAGAAGUUGACAGAAUAUACAUUGAAAGACAUUAUCGACAAAUUGAAAGAGUUGGGGCUGUCCAUUAUCGACUGCAGGGGUCGAGGUUACGACAACGGGGCCAAUAUGCGUGGAGCAAAAAGUGGCAUACAGCAAAAACCGUUUACAAUCUUUUCUUGCUUUAGUGAAAGAAGGAGCAUUUUGAAAUCUCAUGUGACUAUCUAUAUCUCUUAAGCCACUUUCAGAGAAUAAAUGGGAAUGUAGAAGUGAAUCUGAGAAAGCUGUACGAUACCAGCUCAGUAAUGUUUGUGAUGCAGUUUCGAUACUAAGUGAAAAAGCACAGAUUGUGGUUUUAUAAGUGAGUGCCAGUCGUUGGAAAACGAAAUUUCAACCUACCAAUUUGUCGUAUUUCUCGUAAUAUGGUACGACCGUAAAAAUCCAUAAUAUGAGUAAAGUAUGGCAAUAUGCAAGCUGUUAAACACUUUUGUCAAGUAGCUGGAUGAGUAUAGGGAUCGAGGUUUUCAGUCUGCAUUAGUGUCGGCUAGGGAAGUAGCGGAAGAAGCAGGCAUUAAAAAACAUUCAAGCCCCAAUUUUUCAAAGAAUCCUGAGGGAGGGCCCCAGAUCCCCCUAAAGUAGGGUCCCACCAGUCAAUUGCUCAGGGCCCUUCAAAGCCUGGGUCCGCUACUGCCUUCAAGGUUGGUUUCGCGUCAUUAUGACGGGCUUGCGUAAUGGACAAGAUUACAUGGGUUGAGGGAUGUAGGGUCACCUUGUUACCACCAGUCUGAUGUUUACACUUAUAUCUUUUUUAGCGGAUCCCAAUGUCAUCGGGUGCGUCAAAAGUUUGCUGAAUUAGGUUUCUUGAAUGUUUUAUGUUCCGUACUCGUUUUUUUCUUUUAUUUUAUUUUGGAGCCAACGUGACCUAAUCUUAACGAUUUAGCGACUGGACUGGUAAUUUCAUGUACGAAACCUCAAUUAGUCUUCCUAAGAAGUAAUUUCUUUACGAUGAACUAUAUUACCUAUGUAAUAUAUAGUUUUAUUUGAUGAUUUUCACACCAUCGCAUAAAUUCCAACUUUAGCCAAUUUGUGAAAUACAUGUUUUUAUUUGUGUUGUAAAGGUGUGAUGUGAAUAAAUAAUACUAAUCUUUAAAUUAAUGGACAGCAUUAUCAGCUAACUGAUGUUAUUUAAUUUUCUAUUAUUACUUCAGUUUGUAUUAUCUGCAUUCCUAUUAAUUACUCUAUUGUGCCGAAACAUGAAGAAUUUUGUAAUACCACACUUUGUUGCAAUAUUACUUUAUCGCAAAAACGUGAUCCCAAAUCAUCAAUCCCAGCGUCACUUGGUUAACCUCAAACGUUUAUCCCAGCUUUGAUGAGCAAAUAACAGUAUAUACAUAAUUUAAAUAUACGGUUUAGUAAUGAAUAGAAAAUAUUAAUUAAAUUUAAAUAUUGUUAAUCUAUUCGAUCAACCGCUGCCUGCUUGAACAGAUCAUUAUAAAGAAGUAAUUUUGUAUUAACUCCCUCCCCAAUUUAUGAAUUGAAAUUAGUCCAUAUUCCAAAUAUCCAUAUUCCCCCACUUAAAAUUUAAUGUUCCAUCCGAGGAGGCACAAAAGUACAACGCCGGAUUAGACGAGGUCCACGGCUACACACGGGACAUCUGCACAACGGAACACAACCAUGCACGAUCUUGCUCUUCAGGUCGGUCUCCUCCGCUUAUCUAUCGUCAGCGGAUAUAGUGCAUUUCGAACAGAGCGUACAAGAGCCAAUGUGACCCACAGGGUUACAAGGCGACCAUAGCAACCGAACGCGCACACACAGUCGCACGAGCAGCCCUGCUUACCUGUCACUGUGCCAGUUCUCACGUAGUAGGUCUUUGUCUGCAAAUUGCCAUAAAAAAUAUUUUUGUGUUAAGUUAAUAUCUUUAUAAUUUUUUUAAAUCUGCAUUUUGUUUCAUGAAAAUAAAGCCCAAACACGAAAUAACUACGAUGUUCCUGACGUAUCUUAGAAGUAAAGAGGAUAAUGAUCAACUCAAGUUUCGAAUAUCAGUUACUUAGACUUUAUUAUAAUAAGGACUUGUUAAUAGAUCAAAGAUAUAUAUAAUAUAUAUAAAUAAAUAAAUAAAUAAUUAACUAACUAACUAAAUAUAUAUAUAUAUAUAAUAAAACGAUAACAAGAUAAGUCUAAGGUAAAUCUAACUACGAGAAUGAUCUGUUUAAUAUUUAACAUAAAUGAUAAAAUUAAAAAUUAAUUAUUGUAUUUAUUUAUGAUUCACAAUGUGGUAAUCAUUACAGUUUUGUUAUUUUGUAAUAUAUAUUAUUUAUGUUACCCGUGUCUUCACACGCAAAUUUCAAAAUCCUUAGCCUACUGAAUAAAUGAAUAACAUAAUUUUAUUUCUCUUAAUAAAAACCAUGGCAAUACACACGUUUGAAAAAUUAAACUGGCCACUUUAACAAGUUGUGUGACCAGUGUUGUAAAAAACAUAUAAAUUACAAAAAAAGAAUCAUCACAGUCUAGCAUUAUUUUAAAGUCUUUGUAUCCGCCCGCUGUAACAUCUGAUGGUAGGUAAAUAAUUAUGUUUACAAUGUAUCGUAUAUAAUUUAAAGUAUAGAAAACAUUUGUGUAAAAAUGUAAAGAGCAUAUGUAUAUGUAUAGUAUAAAAAUAUAAAUUGCUAUACUAAGAAGCUUGUGAGGUAGCCUAUGUCCUGUUGACAAUAAAGCCAAGUAAUUGCCAUCCUGGAAAAAUAUUGUUCAUUGAAUGCAUUUUUUAUGUGAAGCGGAAAAUCGAUUUAUUUACUUUUGGUGGUUUAAACUAUUCCCUUUCUAAGCUUCUUAUACUGUAAAGAUGAUUUGGCAUGAUAUUUUCUCUAUUUCUGCUCCGAAUAAAAAACAAUCUCAGGGGUUUAAAAAUGAAAAGGUGCUGGAUCGGUAAAAUACGCAACUGCUGGUACAAAGGAAAAGAGCUUGUUAGUUUAGAUUUCUUAAGAAUUAUACGCAAGAAAAAGUUUUGAGUAGUUCUUAACUUAGCUAUUAAUGUUUUGUAAGUGCCCCCCAGCAUGGCAAAGCAUACUGUAAUUUUGAAUUAAUUAAAGCAAAAUAAAGGGUUCUCAAGAGAGAUUAAUUACAAAAAUUCCUUAAAAAAUAAAAUUUUCUGACUUGUGAUCUUAAUUUUGUGUGUAAGUCUCAGAUGUGAGGUUCAAAAGUAAGUUUCUCAUUAAGCAAAACUUCCAGAUAUUUAAUAGAUUUUACUUUUUCUAAAGGUUGACAGGUACAUAGGUUGAUAUUACAGGUUGAUGAAUGAAAAAUUAUAGGAGAAGGAAUGUCAAAGCCAAAGAAAUCAAAAUUAAAAAAUUUUGUUUUACUAAUAUUUACUUGCAUUUUGAUUACUAAACACCAUUUUCUAAGUAGCAAAAGAUCAUCGUUAAUUGAAUUAGCAAGGUUAAUGUAGUCUGUUUGAGAAUAAAAAAGUGCAAUGUCGUCCGCAAAAGCAUUUAUGUUUCCUUUAAACUUUAGUUCUAAUAAAUCAUCUAUAAAGACUAAGGAAAGGGUAGCAGAAGUAGUUGACCCCUGUGGAACUCCGGUCUGCACAGAGUAGAUCACUGAAAUUGUUGUUGAUUUUUACUUGCUGCCGUCUUCCAGUAAUAAAACUAUGGAACCAGUUCAAAGCUAUGCCUCUAAUACCGGCAGCCUCUAAUUUAUUUAAAAGUACUUUUGCACUAAUGAUAUAAUAUGAUAGAGCCCUAUGAAAUAUUUAAAACGCAAGUAGGCAUACAUCACGUAUAUAGUAUUUCAGAGAUCAUGGUUCAGAGGAUUAGAGUUUCAGCGGCUUACUCUUAUACUAGGUUUUGCGUAUAAUUAUUUCUGGUUCGAAUUUACUAUAUUUAUGACGCCACAGCUGAGUUUAUAUUCUCCUAUCAAAAGGCGUUGACUUCUGGUCUAAGAUAUUUUUAGUGCCAUAGUAGAGUUUGCCACGUUGUAUAAGUAGAAUAUAUAGUCUGUCCUCAAAUUUAUGUUACAGUUUUAGUUGUUUAUAGUUAAUCUAUUGUUGAUCGCAGGUCUAUGAAACAGAAGUACAUUAAAACAGUUGUUUAUACA